AUGGAUGCGCCGGACGCGUUCGACCCGAACAACCCCAACACGUGGUGGUCCUGGACAGCGAGGGACGUGAGGGGGGGUGGGGGGGGGGUGGUACAGCGCAACGACAGCGCCGCGGGGAGCAACUUCGGCAGCUCCGCCGGGAGCAACUCCGGCAGCGGCAACGCCGUGGCGACUCUGUCGGGAGGAGACGGGAAGCACUCCUUCCGCGAGUUCCACAGCAAGAGAUUCUCUCGAUCAUUCAAUCUGGGUAAGAAGCUCGGAGAGGGGGCUUUCGCGGAGGUAUUCGAGGCGACGGUCAAGGGCGACCGACCAGGGGGGAAGUCGUACGCGGUCAAGCGGACCGUCCGGCGAGGGCUAGCGAAGGAGGACGAGAAGGGGUUGCUCGAAGAGGUACGGAUACUCCGCCUCCUGCAGCACUCGAACGUGGUGGCCAUUUACCAGUUCUUCCAGGACGAUCCCGACUACUACUACAUGGUGCUGGAGAACAUGGCGGGGGGCGAGCUGUUCGACCGCAUCGUUCAGAAGUCGUACUACAACGAGGAGGAGGCGAGAGACCUGUGCCGCGUCCUCCUGGACUCGGUCAGGUACUGCCACGAGCUGGGCAUCGUCCACCGGGACCUCAAGCCCGAGAACCUCCUCCUCACCUCCAAGCACGACGACGCCGGCAUCAAGCUCGCGGACUUCGGCUUCGCCUGCAGCGUGCUCAACGGCCCCGUGUCGGAGCAGUGCGGGUCGCCGGGUUACGUGGCGCCGGAGAUCCUCAGGGCGCUGCCGUACGGGACGUCGGUGGACAUGUGGAGUGUGGGCGUAAUCAUCUACACCUUGCUCGGGGGCUACCCGCCCUUCCACGACGAGAACCAGACGCGACUGUUCCGCCGGAUCAAGGCCGGGAGCUUCAAGUUUCAUGACGAGUACUGGAGCAACACCUCGCUCGAGGCCAAGGACCUAAUCCGGAAGCUCCUCCUGGUGGACCCGGCGAAGCGAAUGACGGCCACCCAGGCGGCGGAGCACCCGUGGCUGCUCACCACGGGAGCGUCCCUCGCCGGACACAACUUGGGCAAGAACCUCGACCAGCUCAGAAUCUUCAACGCCACGAGGAAGCUGAGAGGCGCCAUCCAGUCGGUAAUCGCGGCGAAGAAGCUGGGCAAGUCGUUCGGGCUGCAGAAUUUCUCUUGA